AUGAAGAAAGACGUAGCCACAAAGAAGCGAAGAAUAAGAUGCGCAGCUCCAGCCCGGCGAACCGUUGUCAUCGAAGAAUACCUGAAAGCAAAACACAAUUACAAAGAAGAAAUAGAAAAAGCAGUAAUAAAUAGUUGGAAGUCCUUUUGCCGGAGAGCGAGAGACCGGGAGAGCCUUUGGGAUGGCAUAUAUAGAGUCAUAAAACGAACCAACGAAAGGAAGAAAGAUCAAAAUAUGCUGAAAAAAGAUGGAAGGGUUCUGACGCCUGAAGAGUCAGCACAAUAUCUGGCGGAGACCCUCUUCCCAGAGGACACGAAAAAGGGAGAAAGCAGGGAACACUCAGACAUAAGGAGCAGAGCCGAAAAGAUAAACAAUAUGGAACAUAAUGCCAACUAUGAUCCACUGUUUACUCACACGGAACUAACCGAAAUUGUUGCCAGCUUCAACCCAAAAAAGGCACCCGGGGAAGAUGGGUUCACUGCGGAUAUAUGCGGACAUGCGAUAUCAGCAAAUCCAUCCAUCUAUCUAACGUUGGCAAACAAAUGCCUAACACUCGGAUACUUUCCUGCCCGAUGGAAAAAAGCCACAGUUAUUAUACUAAGGAAACCGGACAGGGAAGCAUAUGACCAGCCCAAGGCAUAUCGCCCCAUAGGGCUGCUUCCUGUACUAGGCAAGAUCAUGGAAAAGAUGAUAGUCAAAAGGCUGAACUGGCAUUUGAUACCAAGAAUGUCGGAGAGGCAAUAUGGCUUCGUCCCACAAAAGGGCACGGAGGACGCGCUGUAUACGCAGACAAAACAUAUUAGGGAAGCGGUGGUUGAACCAGUAAUCCUAUACGCAGCAAGCGCUUGGUCCCCAUCCGUUAGUAAACUGUACAUAAAGAAAAGGUUGGACUCAGUCCAACGAGGUUUUGCGGCAAAAAUAUGUAAAGCCCAUAAAACCGCGUCGCUUAAUUCAGUUAGAGUGCUCGCCGGGCUGCUACCCCUCGACCUAAGAGUUGUAGAGGAGGCAACACUUUUUAAAAUUAAAAAAGGACACGACACCUUGGAAGUGCUGAAAGAUGUGGAGAUAGAACUAAAAACGCCCUACCAAAACACUCCACACCCUGCAAAAAUCCCCCAAAUUAGUUAUCGAGUUUUAGCAAAUGAAGAGGUGAAUAAUGAAGACAAAAUACACGUCUACACAGAUGGCAGUAAAACAAGCGAGGGCGUGGGUUGGUUGAGGGCGGCGGUGACAUUCUGGAGAAACGAUCGUGAGAUCCUAAAACAUAAAUUAACCCUGGCCGGCUUUUGCAGUGUUUACCAGGCCGAAUUAUUGGCCUUGAAAAAAGCAGUGCACUUGGCGGUGCGGCGAAAGGAGGUCGGCUUUAAUAUAUUUAGUGAUGCAAGGUCAGCGCUUGACGCUAUAACAAGUAGCCGCUCUCUCAGUCCCCUCGUCACCGAUAUUCGUGAAGUGCUCGGAAAACACCCGGAAAAGGAAAUAAAACUUUUCUGGGUGAAAGCCCACGCAGGUAGGGAGGGAAACGAGAGAGCGGACGAGCUAGCCAAAGAAGCAACAAAAAACCACAAAAACAAGCCGUCCUACGAUCGCUGCCCGCUGUCGCACCUAAAGCGCCUCAUAAGAGCGGAAACGCUGCAAAAGUGGGCCACAAGGUACAAAAACGAACAAACAGGGAAAAUAACAAAAAUGUUCUUCCCGGAUGCCAUCGCUGCAUACAAAAUAAUCAGAAAUAUAACAUUUAACAGUACACUGUCUCAGAUACUCACAGGACACGGGGGAUUUUCUGCCUACUUAUAUAGGUUUAAAUUAAAAGAAAGCCCGACGUGCAUAUGUGGAUACGCAGAGGAAGACGUUCCACACAUCCUAUUCGACUGUCCCGUCCACCUCUACGUAAGAAUGAAACUUGAAAACCAGAUAGAUGUAGACAAAAUAGGCAAAUGUAAUAUAGCAUCGGAAUUAGCGAAAAAAGAUAAUAGAAAAACGAUACUUCAAUAUUGUAUAGAAAUAGGAACCUUAGUAAAUAAUAGAAAUAAGUAA